UGAACGAGCGUCAGUCACGUGACAGGCAGCCGCGCGAACGGUUCCUUUCUCCACAGUGGCGGCUCGCGGGGACUCCUCUUUGCACGUGCUGCCGCCGGCACGUGACUCAGAAGGCUGUUUUGAGGACGUCGCGGUAGAGAUAGAGGUCCGCGCGACCUGCUGGGCGUUAUGGAGGAGCCGCCUGGUUUCCGGUAGCCGAAGUGCGCGACGCGUGAGCUCGAGGCGGACGGCGCGCGCCAGACAGACAGCCAGCCAGCCAGCAUGGCCCCGAUGCUCCUGCAGAAACUGUUCAGCAAGAAAGCGGCGGCCACCACCGGGGGCGCAAGAGAGUGCGCGGCAGACGCGGAGAAUCGUUGGGCUUCUGCUGAGUUUGAUCUCGCACAAAUCCGACUGAUUGUGUAUCAGGAUUGUGAAAGAAGGGGUCGCCAAGUUCUCUUCGACUCCAAGGCUAUACGGAAGCUGGACCCAUGUGAACUGAAUGUUGAGGAGACAAAAGCCCCGCCCACCCGAAGUGGUGCAUGCCAUAUUGGCUGCAAGGCAAAGCAGAAAGAAACCCCGCCUACUUAUCAGUACACAAGACCAUCUUCUGACGUGAAUAUGCUUGGGGAGAUGAUGUUCGGCUCCGUUGCCAUGAGCUACAAGGGGUCAACGUUGAAGAUUCACCACAUCCGAUCUCCUCCGCAGCUGAUGGUCAGUAAGGUUUUCUCGACACGUUGUGGCAGCAGUAACGCAGGCAGCACCAGCACUCUCCAGGACAGCCUUGACUCGAUUAGCCAAACAUGCCCGAGUCACAGCAGCAGCAUAGCUCAUAGUAAUCCUGUGGACAUGCCAGGCCGUGGACACAGUGAAGACAGCGACAGUGGCAUCGCCCGUUCAGCAUCACUCAGCAGUCUCCUGGCCACGCCCCUCCCCUCCCCUGGUUCGUCCUACAGCAGUGGGUGUGCCAGCAGUUACCAACGGCGUUGGCUCCGUAGCCAAGCGACCAGCCUCCAGCAUGGCCUGAUCCCUCGCUGGAGCACAGAUGAAAUGUUCAGCCUGUCAGACGAGAGCUGCAGCUCAAACCCUGGGCUGGGCCGCAGGAAGAAGAUUGCAGUCAGCAUCAUCAUCAGCCUGCCGGAGAAAGAAGAGGAGAACCACAGCUUCCAGGAGUUCUUCUUCUCCCACUUCCCCCUGUUCGAAUCUCACAUGAACAAGCUCAAGACCGCCAUCGAGAGGGCGAUGAUUGUGUGUAGGAGAGUAGCAGAGCCUAGUCAGCGGGUGCAGGUGUAUCUGUGUCGGGUUAUGGAGGCACUGGGAGAGUUCAGGAUGACCGUGUGGAACCUGUACAUGGCUCCACGGAUCACCGAACCCAUCUGGCUGACCAUGGUAUCCCAGAGUGCCGAGCGAAACCAGUUGUGUCAGCGCUUCCUGAAGGAGAUGAGCCUGCUUAUGGAGCCCGGGGCCAAGAACCAGUUCUUGUCUUCUCUCCUCACUGCUGUCCUCAUGUACCACCUCGCCUGGGUUCCCACUGUGAUGCCUAGCAACCACCCGCCAAUCAAAGCUGUUUACCAGAAACACACCUCCCACACGGUGGACUUACUGGCCAAGUCUCACCCAUACAACCCACUGUGGGCUCAGCUAGGAGAUCUGUACGGUGCUUUGGGAUCUCCUGUUCGAGUGUGUCGUACUGUGGUUGUCGGACGCCGACGCGAGCUGGUGCAGCGCGUCCUCUACGUUCUGUCUUACUUUAUCCGCUGCUCUGACCUCCAGGAAAACACACUUCCUCAAGCACAAACGGACAGUCCUGCCAAUCCGUGCCCUUCCCAAACCACUAACCCAACCCCCUGCUCCGAGAGGACCAAUGAGAGACCGCUCAUCUGUGAGUCAGAAGCUGCAAAGUCCACCCUAAACCCUGAAAGGACCAAUGAGAAAACGCUAACAACUGAUGCAAAAUCUACAGACCCAACUUCUAGUUCGGAAGGAACCAGUACAGAAGCAGGUGAUUCUGAAUCAGCUGACUCCUCCCCCUUUUGUGAAACAACCAAUUGUAGCCUGGAACGUUCAGGGGAGACAGGACUAGAGGACAUCUUGGCCAAUUCGAGCCCUCCUAGUCACAGGGUGCGGUUCAUGAUUGGCAGCCCAAAGGAGGUGGAGAAUGACAGACAAUGUCAAGAUAAGACUGGACCUAGCUGUGGGCGGGGCUUACACAGGAAGAUGCCCAGUAGGCUUUUAAAGGACAGCUUGGACAGCUCGGACGAGGAGGAACUGUCACACAGGCAGACAUGCACAGGAAAUGAUAUGCAGCAAUAUGAACUACCACUUCCAAGCUGUGACAUGGAGAUCCGCCCCGACGUGAAUCAUUUUGGCCGCUCUCUGCUCGGCGGUUACAGUCCUCAGUACAUGCCUGACUUCGUCCUGCACGGCGUCACCUCAGAUCAGCGGCUCAAGCAGUGCCUAAUGGCCGACCUGGAACACACAGUACUGCACCCAGCGCUGGACGAGCCGGUCGCUGAGGCCGUGUGCAUCGUGGCGGACACGGACCGCCUCUGUGUUCAGGUGGCUACGACUCAGCGGCGCGUGUGUGAGCCAGGCCAGAUAGGAAGAGACGUGAUGGUCUCCAACCUCAUACACACGCUCCUCACGUCUGUGCUGCAGCUGCAUGCGCUCAACAUGGCCGCAGACUUUUGUGUCAUGCACUUGGAGGACCGCUUGCAGGAGGUGUAUUUUAAGAGCUGUUCUUUGGCAGAAUAUCUGAGAGGACAGCGACGAGUCCAUGUGAAGGAACUGGGACUAGCGUUGGGGAUCGAUUCCAGUGAUCUUCCACUACUCGCGGCUGUCGCCAGCACACACUCGCCCUACGUUGCCCAGAUCCUUCUGUGAACGUUGCUUCACUACAACCGACCAAUCAGAGUGCGCUCCUGCCUACAGCACACCAAUGAGGAGCUGAUCGCCGUUAACCCAGGUUAAUGCUGACAAUGAUCAGACCAAUCAGGAUCAUGUUAUUAGCCUUUAAAGAGAGAUCAGAUCGUCAGGUUUGCGUCCUCUCCAGUCUCCAGACUGAGUGUGUGUGGGGAGUGUGUGUGAGCUUUGUUUUCUUAUAUGCACUAUUUCCACAGUGUUGUUUUGUCUUAAAAGGAAGACUGGAACAGGUAAUGCUACUUUUUAAGUCAUGGUAUAGUAUGAUGGGUGACAAAUUAAAGGAAAAACCAUAAAAUAAAAAAAAAGUAGCACUACUGUUGUAUUUGGAAAAUGAUCUUCGGUAUUUUAUAAUGUGGAUUAUUUCAGCUAAAUUUGAAGCCAGCUUCAAAUCUGCAAAGGCAAUCCCAUAAGAGUUUGAAAAGCGUAGAAGAUUAAAAUUGGGCACAAUGCUAAGCCUGCCUCUGUUGCUUUCUGGUAAUUUGCUAAAUGUUUUUGCACUGCAACUUUUUUUAAAAUUUAUUAUCGCAGCAAUAUUGAUGUUCUGGGUAAAUUGCACGUGCUGCCUAUGAUUAAUGCGAAGCAAACAAGCGGAGAUGUCACAUAACAAAUGGCUCAGCAUGUUGGUUUACAGCAGCGAUCAAACCCUGUUUCUGUAGAUCUGCUUUCUUACAGAAUUAAAUUCCAGCCGUAAUCCAGCACCAUCAAUCCGGCUAAUCGAGUAGACUGAUUAAGAUUCAGAUUCAGAUUAGCAAGGUGUGCUUGAUUAGGGUUAAAUCGAGCUGGAGUAGGAAGCUCUCCAGAAACGUUGAUCACUGGUUUACAGAAUCAGAAUUCGUAUAAGAUUUUAGUAUUUAUUAUUAGAAACAGUAUGCGUCAAUUAUCUUGAGCAAUUUUAAUUUCCUGUGUUUUCAUACUUUUGUGUCCUGUUUAUUUUUUUUUCCUCUGCAGCAGUUGAUUUUGAGUUGUAUGGUUCCCCCUUGUGGUGGCAUUUAGGUUUACAGGAUUGUACACAAAGACCAACAGGAAGCUUUUGCGCUGAGUUUGUACAAGAGCUGGGUGGAGAUUGAGAUUGAGGUUGAUUACUCUUUUUUUUUCUUGCACUAUUAGUGUCUUAUUUAUCUCUGCAUCAAACUCAUACUGUAUAUAAUACUAUCAUUAUAUGCAGUUUAUGUCCUCAAGUAGUCUUUACAUAAGCCCCCAUUAACAGCUUCCUUUGUGUGCAUCUGUGUGUACGUGCCUCACAUAAGAAGGUGUAUGUGUGUGUUGGUGGGAGGGUCAAUAACUUCUAUCAGGUGCUACCAUGUUAUACACUGUGUAAAAGUAUGUUAAAACACAUACUAUUUUAUACUCGGUAUACUUUACUAAUACCUUUCUGUAGAGUAAGCCACAUACAGGUCUAUUAAGGCUAAUACUCAAGUCUUAAUUUUACUCAGACUUAUGUUUCUUAUUCCUUUAAUAUUCAAGAGAAUGUUUGUUAUUUUUGUACACUAAAUUCUACCUCAUGGUUGCUUUUAAAAGCAGUCCUGAUCUCAGACAUGAAAGACAAGCCAGUUCAAUGUGGCCAGGGUAAAAGAUCUCCUUUUGAUGGUGAGCAACGCUGAAGAAAUGACAGCUGAGGUUUCGGACAUUUCGUGUCCAUGUCUAAGGCGGUGUGCUCCGAAUAAAACCACGCAAGUUGCAUUUUGGUCAUUUUAUGUUUGAUCUUUGGAUAUGGGAUAAAGUUGAAUAAACUUCUCAUAAUUGAAAAA